AUGGCGCUUCACCCCCCACAAGGUGACAAGCUCAUCUUCGCCCCCGGAGGCUCCGGUGCGCAGGGCGCGCAAGCGGCCCAGUUCACGCUGGGGACGCUCUCCCGCGCAGACCUCGACGGCAGCUCUCCGAUCCCGCAGUUCCACCGGUGGUUCUCGGAGGCGCAGGACGCGAUCCGGGCGCAGGGCGCGGGGGCGGCGACGGCGACGGCCGAGUCGUGCACGCUGUCGACGGCCGAGCUGCCGUCGGGGCGGGUGUCGUCGCGGAUGGUGUAUCUCAAGGAGCUCGACGCGCGGGGCGGCUACGUGCUCUACUCCAACUUUGGCACGUCGCGCAAGGCGGCGGACCUCGCGACCAACGCGCACGCGGCGCUCUGCUUCUACUGGCCGGCGCUGCAGCGCCAGGUCCGCGUCGAGGGCGCCGCCGCCCGCCUCUCGAGCGCCGAGAGCCAGGCGUAUUUUGACACGCGCGCCCGCGGCAGUCGCAUCGGCGCGUGGUCGAGCCGCCAGAGCGCCGUGUUGGUGCCCGCGCCGCGGGACGGUGCCGAUGACGACGGCCGCGCGCAGCUGGAGGCCUGGGUGGCCGAGACGGAGAGGCGCUUCGAGGGCCAGGAUGUGAUCCCGGUGCCGGAGUUUUGGGGCGGGCUGCGGCUUGUGCCGACCAGGGUCGAGUUUUGGCAGGGCCGUGACAGCAGGCUGCAUGAUCGGUUUGUGUAUGAGCGGGUAAAUGAGAAUGAUGAGUGGGUGCUCAGCAGGCUGAGUCCUUAG